AAGAGGAAGUAACUAAAGCAGACAGAUGUAGAGACAGAGAGAUUCACACAGAGAUCAUUCAGCAUAAAGAAGACUGAACUCAACUCACAAUGAAGAUCCUCCUCAUCUUCCUCACUUUCUACCUGAUCUCAGGUCAGAGCUUUUCUCUUUCAUCACUGCACAUCACGGGAUAUUCUGGAGGAAGUCUUCUUGUCGAUUCUGGGAAACUUUGGUUCCGUGACUCUGCUAAAUAUAUGGCCAAAUUACCUGAGUGGAGAACAAUAAUAAAUGAUACAAAACAUAAAUGGAUUAAAGAAGGACGAUUCACACUUUACCGAAACAAUGAGGGAAACCUAAUGAUCUACAUCAGAGAACUGAACACACAAGCGUUUCCAUUAGGCGUAUUUUCAAUUCGCAAUUUCAAUUUGCGCAAUUUGAAGGGUUCAUGUUGUAAAGUGUCAAAGAGAGUGAUGGUGAAUAUUGGAGAAACUGCCAAUUUCAGCUGUGAAUAUUCACAGAAUCAUAUUACUGAUCCCAAGAUCAUAUUCAAAGAAGGAGAAGACUCAAUUGAGACGAUUUACAGCAGAUGGAAGAAGAAAGAAAGAUUCAGUAUUUCUGAUGACGAACAUAAACACAUCUUCAGUGUGAGAAUCACUGCUGUGACACCAGAUGAUGGAGGAGUUUAUUUAUGUGGAGUUUGGAUCAACAGAGACUCGUACAGUUACACAAUUUCAGCUUGUGAGAAUCACUGCUGUGACACCAGAUGA